GAGUUGAGGUACUGAGGGCAAUAUAAGGAAGGAGCUGCAUCAAUCAUUAGUCGUGGGGGAUGGAGUGAAAAGCCAGCACCAUCAACAUCAGCAGGCUUCUAACUUCCAGUUCACUUUCCUUUGUUCGCGUCAUUGUGGCAAUCCCUCAGUAUGCCAUCCAUUCGCCUUAUCUUUCUCACCACUCUCCUUGUGGUUCUGAUGGCCAUGCUGACCUCCGCUGCCAGAACCACACGCUGGCCCAAACCUCAGACCACCAAGAAGCCCCCUCGAGCUGGGAGCGGUGGCGGAGGUGCUGGUGGAGGAUUUGGAAGAACCACCACCACGACCGCGCCCCCUUCCAGCAGCCUGCACACAGAUGAGACAACUGAGGUUAUGAUGGAUGCUUACUCCUUGUCCCCAACAGACAGCACUACCUACUCCAGCGACACUUACCCCACUGAGUUCCACACCGAUGCCAUUGCGGCCCCUGGGAACACCCAUGGAAACUAUACCCUUGACUACAAUGAAUGCUUCUUUAACUUUUGUGAAUGCUGUCCGCCAGAAAGAGGCCCCAUUGGGCCCAAGGGAGAGAGAGGGCCACAGGGGCCGCAAGGAGAGAGGGGCCCUCCAGGGUUGCCAGGAGAGAAGGGAGAAACAGGGCCUAGAGGACCUCCAGGACCAGCAGGACUACCUGGAGCCAAUGGACUCAAUGGCGACAUAGGUGAAAAAGGUGAUCAAGGACCUGUGGGUCUUCCUGGUAUCCCUGGGACCCCAGGAAAACCAGGAGAAAAAGGUGACCCAGGUCCCAAAGGAGAAAAGGGUGAACGUGGCUUCAGUGGUUUGAAAGGGGACCCGGGAGAAAGAGGAGAGCCUGGCCUGAAUGGGACUAAGGGCAGCACUGGGCGAGAGGGGCCUAUGGGUCCCCCAGGGAUAACUGGGACAAAGGGUCAGAAAGGUGAACAAGGGCUUACAGGCGAGUGUUUACCAGGUGAGAAAGGAGAGAAAGGAGAUGUGGGUGAACGUGGGCCCCUUGGUCUAAGAGGUGAGGUGGGCCCCCCAGGAGUGAAUGGAACUGACGGCGCAAAGGGAGAGAGAGGGGAGCCAGGGCCUCCAGGAGGGAAGGGGGAUACUGGGGCGAGAGGGCCCCCAGGAUCUCCAGGUGGGAGGGGAAUGACAGGGCUGAGGGGAGAGAGGGGGCUUAAAGGUGGGCGUGGGCCUCGGGGCCCUAAAGGCCCACCUGGUGAGAGUGUGGAGCAGGUUCGCUCUGCCUUCAGUGUGGGCUUGUUCCCCAGUAGAUCCUUCCCUCCGCCCGGUGUACCUGUGAAGUUCGAUAAAGUAUUUUACAACGGGGAAGGGCACUGGGAUCCAGCACUCAACAAGUUCAAUGUCACACACCCAGGCGUCUACUUAUUCACUUACCAUAUCACUGUGCGCAACCGGCCUGUGCGGGCUGCCCUGGUGGUUAACGGGAUACGGAAGCUGCGGACUCGGGAUUCUCUCUACGGCCAAGACAUCGAUCAGGCAUCCAACCUUGCACUGCUGCAGCUGAGUGAAGGUGACCAGGUCUGGCUGGAGACGUUGAGAGACUGGAAUGGAAUUUACUCCAGCAGUGAGGAUGACAGCACUUUCUCCGGCUUCUUGUUGUACCCAGACUCAAAGACCAAACCUACUGCUGUAGAAAACCUGUAACUGCACCCUUUUACCUUGAAUGAGCUCUGAUUUUAACUUCUUGUAGACUCUGCACAACCUUCAGCCUAUUGCACCACUCUGUCAAAUUAAUGCAA